AUAUAUUGGCACACAGAAUACAGCGCACCAGGAAAAGCGCAUUCAAAAAUUGAUGAUCUCUGGUACGCCAUUCUCCCUUCCCAUGGCUUUAUUGCAGUUGACCGCCAAUGGGCCGCCGCUCGGAAUUGGCCGGACACUUUGUUCAUGCCUAACGACACCAGCAAGGAAGCCAUCCAGUGCUACGCAGACAAUACUCCGCUCUACACCUUUGGGAAAUUCACGGCUGGUGAUGGUCAGGUGCAUCAAUGCAGAAGUUGGAAUGAACUUCGCGACUUUGCCACCAGUCAUACCGCUUGCUAUCGAGAUAGUGUCGAGCCGAUUCCCCUGGGAGCUCAUUUUGGUUUCUGUGAC